GAGAGGGGGAGAGAGAGAGAGUGAGUGUGUGGUGGUUCAUUUCUUCACUCAACUUCCUAUUGUAUACUUAAGAGCUUAUCCAACACAAUAAUACCUGGCAGAGACAUGGUGCAUUUUCUACCACUCUUCCCUGUAAUCACACUGUUUCUUGGAAAGUAAACGUAACCUUUACGCCUCUUUAUAUCUUGCUCUAAAAAGUAAUUGCUGUGUGGUACCUUCAUUCUUGAAUACCUCUCUCUCUCUCUCUCUCACACACACACACACACAUACAGAGUAAUAUACACCUCCAAUUCUUAGCUUCUCCACCUAUACCUACAACCUUAUUGAGUCUCUCACACAACAAUAGAUUUGAUUUUAUGUACUCAAUGCUCUUACUGUGACGCCUAAUUUAUAGGAACUCUCUCUCUCUCUCUCUCUCUUUCUCUCUCUCACAUAUUCACACACACAAUUAUGUGAUUGCUUCUUUUGACACCAACUCUUAAAAACCCAUAUUUGUGGAUUGAAUCCCACCAAAGUUCUGUGCCACUCAAAAUCCAGAGAAGCCAUGAAAGAGAGAGGCAAAUCUGUUGAAAAAUACAGUGGCAAAGACAUCCCAGACUUCAACUACUCUUCAUCAUCAGACCUUCCAUGCAAAAAACACCCAUCUUCUUCCUCAGUCGGAAUCUGUGCUCAAUGCCUCAAAGACAGGCUCAUCAAGCUGGUCUGCUCAGACUGCGGCGAGCAACGCCUCUCUUCGUGUUCAUGCUCCGAGGUCUCCAACCCCAAUUCAUGCAAUCUCGAGGUUGGGAGCGUUGGGAGGGUCUCGUUCUUGAUAGAGAACGAGUCACAUUCAAAGCCCAAAAACGAGGAGAGACCAGAGGAAGUUAUUCACCUCAAGAGAAGCAGUAGUAGCUGUGUUGAUGUGAGAAGGGGUGGUGGGUUUUGGAAAAUUGGGAGGCUUUUCAGGAAGAAAAGAGAGAAGGGUAGUACUAACUGUGAGGGCUCAAGUUUUGGUGGGUUUGAUGAGAAGAGUGAGCUCUGGGUGUUUGAUUAUAUGGGUGUGUCAAGGUCUAGGUCUCUCUGUAGUUACAGAGAUGAAAGCAGUGACUUCAAUUUCUCUAGUGCCAAGAUUUCUGAUGUUACUGGUGGUAUGAUGUUGGAUUCUUCAAGACAGAGUGGUUUCAAUGAGACAGAGUCCAGAAAGAGUGGUUUUAGAGAUGGGUUUGAUUCUGAAAUUGGGUCCAAUCUGAAGGGUGUGAGGAAGGGUGUUUUUGUGGUUAAAGAAAGUGAUUUCAAUGGGAUGGAUGAUUCAGCUUUUAUUGACUUGAAGCUUGAUCUGUCAUCAGAGUCAAAAACAGAGUACUCUGUUUCAAAAAUGAGUGAGCUCUCAUCAGAUUCAGGUUUUGGUGGAUUGAGAAGUGGGAGUUUUGUGGGCCAUAGUGAAUGUGGGAGUGUUUUGGGAGAUGGGUUUUUCAAGAAAGGGGGUUCUUGUAGGAUUACAGUGAGUGACAGAGGGAUCAGAAAAGGGAGGAGAGCUCAGAAGGUUUGGAAAUGGAUUUUCAGGCAUCAUUCUGGUUGGAGAACUGCAACUAAGAAGGAUGAGAACAUAGCUUGAAGCUUUUAUCAUGAUCAAAUGCAGUGACAUAUGUGAUCUUCUGUUGGUAGUUCAGAGAGAGAGAGAGAGAAAUCAACUAUAAACUGUAAUGUCUGUGUUAGUGAUGCAGUGUUACUUCACUGAUUUCUCUUCUCUGGUCUUGUCCUGCUUCUUGUUAUUUACCCAAAAUUGGUGAAUGUUUGUCUGUUGGGAAAAUAAAUGCCGAAAUUGGAUUAUGGAAUCGAAAUUUCUUUCAAAUUCAAGACGCUGAUUUAGUGCUUCCAAAUGCAAUAGUAGUGAAAAUGUGUAGGCAUAUCAUAGCUACUUUGUUAGAAUAUAUUUGUAUCAUCCAUCUUUGUUAGUGAAAGUAUACUCCAGUUUUUUCCUUGUAGGAAUUCAUACCCAA